AUGACCGCCAACUACUCGACCCAGACCUAUACUAUUCCUGAGAACAACCACUUCCUUGUCAGUCGUCAACCUUCUCCUGCUAGCUCCGCCUCCCCUCAGUCGCCUCGAAUGCAAGACUACCUCCAACAACAUGCUCCAAACCCGUACAAGCAGCUCCGGCCGCUCAAGUCGCCUCUUUACGUCCCUGCCGCCCUCCGUCCGACCGAGCAUUUUUAUACUCCGUCUCCUAUGACACCGCCUAAGAGUUUGCAAGGCUCUUUGGAUACUCUGGAGAAUACCGAGCCUCGGGCGGCCAGUCCUGAGCACCAAUACCCUAUGGACCUGGAAUCCUUCGAUCCGGACUGGGUCCAGGAGGAGGAGCUCGGUGAAGUCACAGGCCCCCCCACCAAGGAACAUUGGAAGCCCGACGAAGCUUCCCCAAGCUGCGACUCGCCUGAAUGCAGGUCGUCAUUCAACUUAUUUGUUCGCAAACACCAUUGCCGGCACUGUGGCCAUAUCUUCUGCUCUUCACAUACACCUUACACCAUCCCUCUUGACCAAUAUGCGAAGUUUCAUCCUGACGGUGUCGCCUCGCGGGCAUGCGAAACUUGUCAUCGUCAGUACCUGCGCUGGGACACGGCACGCUCAAUCCGCCGCAAGAACAGCCAACACAGUAAGUAUGAGGACUUCAACAGUGAAAGCGGUCCGCCUACGCCGCUGGCGGGCCCAGCAGGCCAUCGUCGCAUUCAGUCGGGCGGGCUCCGGGGAGUCAAACCUAUCGCGGAAGUCGCAAACAGCGUUCCAAAGGACUGGCACUGGUCGACCUUCUGA